AUGCCUCUGACUGUUUCAGGUUACCUGAUGAGAGUGCCCAGCACCGACGUCCGACUGCAGAUUUGUGCCUCCGUUGCGUCCUUCUUCGGGGUCCAGAAAUCCAAGGCAAAUGCGGAAGGGUUCUGCCCCAUCAGUGCUGGGUUCAGGGCUCAGAUGGUGGAGCAGAGCGGGGUGGCGGAGAUUCUGGUGCUGUCCAUGGCCCUGCUGGAGAACCAGCUGGGGGUCCGGCUGCAAGUCCUCAGGACCCUCCAGACCCUCUCCAGCUCCUCCGAGGUGAGCUGCAGUAAAAUGCUGAAGGCCCAGGCCGCCAGCAGGAUCUGCUGCCACAUGAACGAGCCCGGCCCCGGGGGACAGGUGCUCUUCCGCUCCGCCGAGAUCCUCUGGAACCUGCUGGAGAAAGACGGGAAAGAGGAGGCCACCGCUCAGCUCAGCAACAUGGACUGCGUCCUGUCGUUGAAGGACGCUCUGCUGCACCAGAUUCUGAAUGGGUUUCAGCAGUUUGACCAGCAGCUUCGGAACGACUUGCUCGUGAUAAUAACCCUGAUUGCGGACAAUCCGAGCGCCCCAUUGAUUGAGAGCGGUUUGGCAAAGCAGCUCAUCCUAUUUGCUACAUUCCCUGAAAUAAAGAGCCACAACCCACUUGUUCGCAAUCUCAAGCUGUCCUUUAACUAUGAAGACUUUGAGAUGAAGAGGUUGCUGUUGAAUGUCAUCGUUGUCAUGUCAAAGGACAUAUCCUCUUUGCAGCUGUUCAAAGAGGGUCAGGUUCUGCUGGCCCUGCUGCUCCACUUGAAGCCUAGCGAGAGAUCAGGCCUGCCCAGCUGGAGCCCUGUCCAGCAGGGGGAGCUGCAGCUGCAUGCCCUGGCCACCCUGCUCUCUGUCGCCCCCUUGCUGCCGGAGGACUACAUGACCUGCCAGGGGAACACUCUGCUCCUGCUGCUCCUGGACUGGUGCACAAAGCAAGUCCAGACGGAUGACGGUUGCCAUGGAAACGGAGUGACAGGCGACGGAAAGGCGCAGAUGCUCGGCUGCGUGAGAGUUUUGCGAGCCAUGGCGUCUCUGGGAAGUGAAACCAUCAACCAGGACCUCUGUGACCAAGGGGCCAUCGGCCAGCUUCUGGAUACUGUAAUGCAGUUGGAAUUAAGCGAGGAAGACGAGGAUGCGAUCACCGUGGAGAUCAUGACCGACGUUCAGCAAACUCUGGCGGUGCUUUGCGAGAACGAUCUUCACAGGAAGGAGCUGUUUGGUUCAAGUGGAGUGGAUAUGCUGGCCCAUUUCCUGAAGACCAGCUCUGGAAAGUUCUACAGUGGCCUGGGACACAACAAGCUCAUCCUCUCCACUGUGGACUGUGUCUGGUCUUGCGUUGUUGGAUGCGACACGACAGAGGACAUAUUCUUGGAAAAGGAGGGGGUUUUUCUUCUGCUCGAUUUGCUUCACUCGGGUCCAGGAAACAUGCAGGGCGUGGUGCUGGGGACCUUGCUGGAGCUGUGUGACAACCCCAAAACCCUGUCCCAUGUCCACACCUGGAGGAGCCCAAAGGGCCUGACCGCAGCUGCCCUCCUGCUGCUCUUAUGGAGGCAGGAGGAGGGGGAACUUUGGGCAGGGCACGACCGGGAUGAGCCCACUGCAGAUUCCACCAGUUGUCACCAGGGUGCAGAUCAGGUGGAACCCUUACCUGCAGAUAGGCCCACUGCAGUGGUGAUGGACGUAUCAGACAGCCUGCAGUCAAAGAUCUUUUCCCUUUUCUCCAAGAUGGGUUUCGAGGACUUGCCUGGAUUAAAAACUGAAGAUUAUGUCACUCUUUCUAUCGUGAGCAGAUAUUUGGAUUUUAAGGUUAUGGAGGUGUGGGGCGAGAUCGCCAGGGAGCUCAGGGCCGAGGGAGUGAGACCUGUCACUCCGGACGGGGAGGCCCUGGAGUCCAUCGCGCAGAUGGCAGAGGAGGCAGCCAGGACGGUGGCCCUGCAGCAGGCCGAACUGAGGGAGAGCCAGAAGCGGCAGGACAUCCACGAGGAGCAGCGCAUGUACAUGGAGAUACGCUCCAACCACAGACAGCAGGAGCUCGUAGCAAAGUCGUGGGAACAUCAUGUGGCAAAGACAUCUGACUACAAGGUGUUAAUGGAAUCCAGAGAACUUCAGGAAAAGUCCAUUCAGUCUUCCAGGUCAAAGGUUAAGCACGAGGACUCACUUUUUCACUCUACCCAGAUACCUGGUUUACACACAACACAUUUCUGCGGCCGUGUGCUGUCCGUGGAGAGCACCCCCGUGCACCUGGUGGGGGGGCCCCUGGCGAACACGGACCUGGCCCUAGAGACGGCCCCCAUACGGGGGGGAGCCCUGCAGGCACACCCAGCCAGACCCCCAGACCUGGAGCUCUUCCAUCGGAGCUCGGUGCAGGCCAAAUGAAGGCCUGCCAGCACUUACGUUCAUUCUUCCCCUUCCUGAAUUUCCGUACAGUUGUACAGUACGCUGAUUUGUUUCUGUCAUUAAGUAUAAAAUAUAAAACUCAUCAGUCGGGCACCCAGGAUUUAUUCAUCAGUUGUAGACCAUUGAAAAUCAUAUUUACAUAUAAGGAAAGUCUGUAUUCCGGUUCUAUUUGAAAGUCUGGUUCUUUUUGCCAAUGAUUGAUUGUACGUAAAUAUUUUAAGUUUACAACGUGUGUCAUAUUUGUACAUUUUUUUGUUCGCUUUGGCAAAAUUAUGAAAUUACAUGCCAAGCUUGUAUGUAUUGUUCUAUACAUAAAAAUAAUGCAGUCUAACUGAAACAAAUAUUAUAAGAAGUUAUAAAUAAAGGAAUUCAAUAUUUA